AUGGCAUCCCAGGCCAUGUCCUACUUCGUGGGCAGCAAGGCCGUCGAUGAUGGAAUUCCAGAAGAUGGUGGCUUCGCCAUCAAUGGCGGCAAAGGCUGGUCAGAUGUUGUAUUCGACAACCACCAGAUCGAGUUGAGUGCAGAUACAGCCACUGCAAUGGGGAACUAUUAUUUCACUAGUGCAGCAGAUGGAAGCAAGACCAUGGUGGAAUACACGUUUGGCUACAAGAAAAACGCCGAUGGGAAGGUGCGCAUCUUCCUCCACCACUCGUCUGUACCAUUCAGCCCUCCACCGGGAACUGGCAAAGUUGCCGCCACAAUUUCCGAGGAGGAGGUGAGAGCCGCACAGCGGGCUUGGGCCAAUGCCAUUAAAACGAUCUCGAAAACCUAUUUGGAUGGAGGCGACUAUGUGGCAGCAGCGGGGAAGGCAGCCGGUGAGCUGUACGGGUAUGGUCACACGAAGGUGCUUUUCAAGCCCACGAAGGCAAAGGAUGUCCAGUUCCGGCCCAUGGCAUCCCAGGCCAUGUCCUACUUCGUGGGCAGCAAGGCCGUCGAUGAUGGAAUUCCAGAAGAUGGUGGCUUCGCCAUCAACGGCGGCAAAGGCUGGUCAGAUGUUGUGUUCGACAACCACGACAUCGACGUGGAUGGCAACUCAGCAAUUGCCAUGGGGAACUAUUUUUUCACGAGCGCAGCGGAUGGAAGCAAAACUAAGGUGGAGUACACGUUUGGCUAUAAGAAGAAUUCCGAUGGAAACGUGCGCAUCUUCCUCCACCACUCCUCCGUGCCAUUCAGCUCAGCCGCCCCAGCCGCACCUGCACAAGUCGCGGCAGUUUCCGAGGAGGAGGUGAGAGCCGCGCAAGCAGCUUGGGCCAACGCCAUUAAGACGAUCUCGAAGACCUACUUGAGUGGAGGGGACUAUGUGGCAGUUGCAGGGAAGGCAGCAGGUGAGCUGUACGGGUACGGCCAUACGAAGGUGCUUUUCAAGCCCACGAAGGCAAAGGACGUCCAGUUCCGGCCCAUGGCAUCCCAGGCCAUGUCCUACUUCGUGGGCAGCAAGGCCGUCGAUGAUGGAAUUCCAGAGGAUGGUGGCUUCGCCAUCAACGGCGGCAAGGGUUGGUCGGAUGUAGUGUUCGACAACCACCAGAUUGUAGCGGAGGGCAGCACGGCCACUGCAAUGGGGAACUACGUCUUCACUAGUGCAGCAGAUGGAAGCAAGACCACGGUGGAGUACACGUUUGGCUACAAGAAAAACGCCGAUGGGAAGGUGCGCAUCUUCCUCCACCACUCGUCCGUGCCAUUCAGCCCUCCGGCCGCUGGCGCUGUCUCCAAGGAAGAUGUGCUCAGUGUGCAGGCUGCGUGGGCCAAUGCUAUUAAGACGAUCUCUAAGACCUACCUUGACAAGGGCGACUUUGUGGCGGUUGCUACCAAAGCCGCGGGCGAGCUUUACGGCUACGGUCACUCGAAGGUCCUGUUCAAGCCCACCAAAGCGGCAGAAGCACAGUUCCGUCCGACUGCCGAGGAUGCAAUGUCCUAUUUCGUCGGAAGGAAAUCAGUUGAGAAAGGUCACUCUGAGGAUGCUGGCUUCGCCAUCAAUGGGGGCAAGGGUUGGUCAGAUGUCGUGUUCGACAACCACGAGAUCGAUGUAGAAGGCAACAUUGCACUCGCAAUGGGGAACUAUUACUUCACUAGCGCAGCAGAUGGAAGCAAGACAAAGGUGGAGUACACGUUUGGCUACAAGAGAAAUGCCGAUGGAAAGGUGCGCAUCUGCCUCCACCACUCGUCGGUCCCUUUCAAGGCGUAG